AGAGCCUUCACAAGAGAACUUCCGAAGGCGUUACUGACAACUACGCUAAAUAUGCCGGGCUCAAAGCCUGGUCGGUUAUCAUGGCGUUCAAGGUGACUGUCCAACGCCGAACGGCGUGAUCCACCUUUUUGCCUACCUUCUAUUGCAAGUAUUUACAUGGCAUCACCGGCAUCAACGGAGAGUGUUUCAGAUGGGGCUCCAAAAGCGGAACAAUGUCAAGAAAUAUCAUGCAAUCCUGCUUACCGCCAAUACUUGAUGUAUGCAUAGCUAACGUCUCAAGACGCAAAAUGAUAAAACCCCACCGUAAGCCCUAUCCCAGGUUCCAUUUACCUUGCCCUUCGCCGGAUCCUCCCUAGUCAUAGUACACUUGACGGACCUAAUGCACACUCAGGGGAUCGACACUGCCGCUGGCCUUGGCAUCGCAUCAUGCGUGUUGUUCAUAUAUGACUAUGCACUUACGUUUGCAAAAGAGAAAGACCUAUUCUGGCAUCAACCUCGUCGGACUUGGUCAUUCGCCUUCUUCGUCGCCAACAGAUACAUAGGUCUCUCGGGCCGUCUACUAAACUUUUUGGUGAAUUGUCUCCCAAACAACAUUGGUUCAGAUAGUUCAGUGCGUGUCCAGGCCUGCUCCUCUCUGGAGAGAUUGUCGUGGGAGUUCUUCAAAUCAUCGGAGGAGCGCGACAGACGUGUCCUGAGUCUCCUCGUUGUGGUGGGAAUACUCUGUCUAGGAAUAGGUGGCGGGGCAAUUUUACUUCGUCCACCGUCAACUUCAUCAGAGCAAAUCGCAACAGCUCAGGCCGCACGUGGUGGGUGUCUUCACCCGAUAACUUCAGAACAGGCUCCAUAUUGGGCUGCAGCAUGGGGUAGCCAACUAUUGCUUGAUGUUUUAGUCUUCGUCUUCACACUUAGAAAACUGUUAAGUAAUCGCUCCUUUGGAGAACGGACUUUCAUGGCCUUGUCAUUGCGUGACGGUGCACUGUACUUUGCUGUGAUGACCGCCGCGAACAUCGCAAACAUUACUGCAUAUUUGGUGGUAACCAUUCGAAAGGUCGAUGCUAUCUGCUCCAACAAACACGCUCUGUGUGAUGAUGAUCUCGAGGUUGAUGCUGAAUCUUCGGGACCUAGACCGCCAGUUAACAUCUUCGCUACCUGAAUGAAACUUAGUCCACCAUCAGACAAGGUUUUAUUGACUAUCAGUAGCGUCCCGUGCAUCCAACCAAUAUACACUUUCCAUGUUUUUCAGAGAAUAGAUACGUCUUAUUUACGUGCAAUCCGAUCUGCUGGCAGCUGGCUCGCUCAGCUGUGUUACUCCGAUCAAAUUAGGUAGCCUACAACUGGCACCCAUACUGACGACGGCCAUCUUAUAUCCAUGCCGCAGCUAGCAGACUUCAAAUGGCCAGUUGUCCUGCCACCGUCCUUCAUUGCGCCAUCACUGUUGUCUCCAGCUGCAUUUUAGUGCGGCUACAAGAGUGACU